AUGUUGCGAUGGAGUCUACUUACGCGCCGUACUUUGGGUGGAAUAAUACACACUUUGGGGCAUGCGUCCGAUACCAGUGCCGCGUACCAUAAUAAAGGCCUUGCAACCUCUGGCUCAUGCAUCUCCUCACUUGAAUUACCCGGCACCGUGACAGAACAGCCCAGGCUUAGUUCCUCCGUGUCUUCGCAACAGGGACAUAUCUCCCUGAAAGAUGCGGACAUGUCAUCCGAGCCAGCUGUCGACCCUUCACUACCUAUAGGGAUUACCGGUGCUUCCGACAGAGGCGACAUUCGCGUUCUGGGUGCUCCAGAGCUCCAGCCAAUCGACGAUCAACUUGUACCGGCAUCCCAGAAGGCCUUGGUCGAACUACGACACCUGCUCUCCAACUCUAAUAUUCACUCUUCCAACCCAAUAAAACCGACCGCCACCAGGCUCCGUCGGCUAUACAUGCGAUGUCGCCUUGACCCUAGGCUCUUGACGCCCAAAGAGCGCAGUGGAUUAAUCUCCCUCUACGGGACGCUGUCCCUUCCCGUCGAGAUGACCGAGCUACUUGAGAACCCGCACCCACUAGCGACACAUAUGCGACACCUCACUUCACGGCCCUGGUGGUCCUUCAUCUGGCUUCUUAUCCAGGAUCAACGCGCCGGUGGUGGCCUCACUCCGGAGGACUUGGCCUGGCAUUUCUCUGCCUUGCGCGCUACCAAUGGGACCAAGGGUCGCGCCCUUCUUCCACCAUCCCUUCUAUCACUUGCUAGCGCACUCCUCGAAUCACCCACAUUGGACGCUGCCUACGAUUUCCGGCAUAUAUACACAAGAUCCGCCAGCCAACUGCGCUGGAGCGAACGGCUGGACCAUACUGAGCUGGCACGCUUUUAUGGAACCUUGGCGUUUCCAGCAGAUGCCCAGUCGGUGCAUGCACACCCUGCCGCGGAGAAGAUUAAGGGACAGGGUCAUUUCGAUUGGUCGUUUGUCAAGACGUUGUUGAGAGACAAGCGGCGCGUGAAAGAGUUGAGCCCAGAAGAUAUGUAUUGGGUGGUUGUGACAAGAGCCAGGGGGCAAGGACUUGCCGUCGAAUAUGUUGAUCCUGAUGUCUCGUCGCGUCUGUAUGACCUAAGGUCACAACGUAUCGGCGCAUUCCUCAAAGAGCUGCAUGAUCCCGGGUCCGGUCUGGCGUCGUAUAUCGAGGGACUUCUGAAUCUUCAGACGGACGGUGCCACGAACGAGGCGGUUGCUUGGAUAUGUGCUUUGGGCCGGCGACACACCUUGGUUCAACCUAGCCUUCAACACGCGCUCUGGCACACAGUCCUGCGUGACAACACUCUAUCCGAGGCCAACCAGAACCGUCUUCUUGGUGUCGCUCAUGCUCGUCUAUUCGAAGUGAAGACGGCGCAAGCUCUUCCGGCUCCCGCCGCCGAGAGCGAACACGACGAUGGCAUCGACACUUCGUUUCACAAACCGCCACCCUUGCAGGCCGAAGACUUCUUACUCCGCGUAUGCCGUCAUGUCUUCCCAAUAGACCGUGCACUCGAUGGCCAGUCUCCAUCGCAGAUCGUCGUGAAGAACUGGACACGCUAUCUCGCACAGAUCAUGUUUGACCCGAAGCUCGGCGCGUCCACGCGCUGGAUGAACCUCGCCUACCUUGCCUUCGCCGCCACGCCAACUACCCAGAUACCCCAGGCCGUCUCAUCCAUCCGCAUCUCAGGGCAUGACAACGCGUCCCUGCACCCUGUCGAUCUCCGCGCCGUCGUCCUUCUCACCGUCUUCGAGCGUCUUGCGUCGUCUGGUCAACUGCAACCCGAAAUGGGCCCCAUCAUCGAGCGUCUCUGGCGUUUAUGGGCGCUGUCCGUGCGCGAGCACAUCACGGUGCACUCGCCGCUCGUCCGUCCGCUACUCGCAUCCUUCUUCAUGCUCGCCGGCCAUCUGCGCGACCCCGCCCUUCUUCAUCGGAUGCUCGAACUUUCGCACGACAAAUCUUGGAUAUGGGCAUUCGACUUCGGUGACGACCCUGCGCGAGAGCAGGUCCGGGCACUGGUCACUGCGUACAUCACGGCGAGCGCACUGUGUGGUCAUGUUGUCUGGGAGGAGAUCAUAGCCGGCGUGCCGAACUAUGCUGCGUUCCCACAGUGGGUUCCAUCACUGCUCGGCGCUGCGCUUGUGCGUCUUGCUCGGGUGGAACCCAGGCUGGCAUCAGACUUACGUGUGCGCUGGGGCGUACACGUUGAUCUACCUAGGCAGACGCUCGCACCUUUGGCGUUAGCGUUAGCGAACGCCCAGGAACCUAACCUCGCGAUUCCACUCUUGCCUCUAUGCGACUACAGACAAGCAGAGGCACUUCAAGCACUUGGUGCUGUGCUGUUGCCGUUGGCCCAUGCUGCCGAGAAGCCGGACGCUCAGACCAUCGAGGCGUUGUCUGGAGCUUUGAAGGCAGCGGCGAAAACGGCCGACAUACCGCUGCAUAUGCGCGGGCGCUUCACGUGGCUACUCUUCCAACUUCUAAAUGCUGGACGACCCUACGUGGACAUUGCCACGGCUGCGACUGCCGCAAUACAAACGAGGAAUCCGCGCUUCUUUGACACAACUCAGGUCGGCGGCCUUGUUCGCAGCCUGCUUCACCGCCGGUUCUUCAAGCAUGCUCUGACGCUGCUCGAGCGCGUCAAUGGCCACUACCCUCGUCGUGCGGUAUCUGCAUGGACGCGCACAGCUGUUAUUGCCUCAGUCCGCUCCGGUCGACGAGACUUUGUCCCAGCCAAUCGGUCGUCGGCGACCUCGAGAGAGUUGAUCGACCGUGCGAAGGUUUUGAUUACCUACCCUGGCAUCAAACGAGAUCCGUACUUCUCGGUCCUCGCUCACGAUCCCGACGUACGGAAGCGCUGGCGUAAGGCGCUGCAGCUCUCCUCGCGCUUACGGGAGUACCCGCCCCAUAGAUCCCCCGCUUCCUCUGGGGCUCUGCGCGCCGUACUGGCUAUGCGCGGCGAGAAGAAGCUCAUGAGCGCCAUACGUCCAGUUGUACAUCGCUUGUCGAAACGGGAGCUCACGAUACUCGGCAACGUCCUACUACGUCAUUGGGUCCACAAACGCGACCGUCGAGUGCGAACAGAUGGCAAUGUCGCUGCAACCAUCGAGACGCUCAAGACCGCGCUAGGUUUCACUCCCGAUCGGAUAACUCUCAAUAUACUUGUCGGGCGCGCGCUGCGGAGGUCGACAUGUCCUACACGCGCUCUAUUCGAUGAGCUCAUCCGUCGCGGCUAUCCUUCGCUCAAUGGCCCACCCUUCGAAAUACCAUGGCGCGAUCGGCCACAGAAUGUACUCUCCCUACUAGAGGAGAUACCGGGCCGUGCUAUGUCAUACGUGAAGCAUGUUCGGCCGCUGUACAAGACAUUCAUCCGGGCAUUUGCUAGGAAGGGCGAUUUGGAGGGCAUGAGGGCUGUUGUAGGCGCUUUGAAAUACGCGCAGGAACAGCACAGACUGAGCUUCAAGGAGCGGAGGAUGAAGCAGGUAAGGAGGGCGAGCGUGGACGUCGAUUGA